GUAGCGCCUAGCUACGCUGGGCUUUGUUUUCCCGUUCUUCAUGGACAACUAUAAACGGUUGAGAUUCAAUCCUUUCAUUGUAUAACUGUGGUUGUGAUUUGAAAACGCUGUAGCGUUAGCUCAUACUAACUAGUUUAACUUGAUUGCUUCAAUUGUGACUUUUAUAAUUGCUUAGUGUCUUAAAAUUAGAGGAAUACCUGGUUGCGAGAGAAGUAGAUGACAGCUCUCAUCGUUAGUCAUCAAUCCUAUUUUCAUCUCAAAUCUUGCAAAUUGAUGUGAACCGAAUAUAAUUCAAAACCGUUUUCCACUACAAUCUCAAGCGUAAAAAGAAGCAGUUUGUGAUGUGACAGAAUGAGUGUUGCUGAGACAAUUCAUAUGAGCUUGGACUCCGAGAACGCUUCGCCCGACAGGAAGACCAGGUUUACCGAUGGUGGCGUCGCGUUCAAGGUUUUCGACGACAUCAAGAAGCUCAGGACUCCGAGAAAGACAGAGGAUCGCUUCAACAAUCUGGCUUCCUCUACAGACAACAUCAACAAGAACCAUCAUUAUUACCACAAGAACUGCUUUUCGUCCGUGAACGACUUGGACAGCUUCAACCGCAAGCUCUCGCCCAAUGUGCGCAAGGAGAACAACAUGUCCAAGGAGUUCUUCAACAGCCUGGAUUCCAAACUGAGGACUUUGAACGCUCCCCCGCCGGCGCCGAGGCAGAAGAGGUCCAAUCCCGGCAAAUCCUUAGAUAACAGACCGAUGUUCGUGACCACCGUGAAGACCGGAAUAUUCCUGGAGCCACCACCAGAGCUCGCGGCCAUCUUGGGGCUCAACAGCUAUACCUCCUCGGUCAACGGCUCUUCAGGCUCGUCGGGUUCCCUGCAUCCGUCCAACAUCGGCGAGGAGGUCCUUGUGUACAGCUUCGCGAGCCAGCCCCGCGUGGUCAACCAGAAGUAUCGGGUGCCUAAAGCAGCCCCCACGCGGCCCCAAGAUAACAAGAACAAGACUACGGUCCCCAACGGUAACAACAAUAAUAACAUCAACAAGAUCCGCACCAAAAGAGAGCUCAACACAACGCCACCCAAGAAAUUAGAUGGGACUCCACUACCCUACGGAAACAUCAUGUACGACCGACGAGUGGUGCGUGGCAGCACUUUCGCUCAGCAUCCCGUACCUGCGGCCGGAUGCGAGUCACAGGCAGCACGCCAAGCGGAGGCCAGGAGACGGUCCAUGGCCAGGCGCAAGGCUCAGACCCAGCAGACCAGAGCUAUGCGACUCCGCAUCGGUACUCCGCCACCGGUCGACGGCCGCAACCACGUCAUCGUGCAGACUGACCAGUUCAUGGAGGAGCUGUUCGACCAUCCUCCAGGAGCGACGGUGUCCUGUCAAACCGACUUCUUCUUGGACCGUCCUGAGACCCCCAUCUACGUGCCCUCCAAGACUGGCAGAGAUGCCGAGACCCAGAUUUAUCCUGGAGAGCUGUUCCACUUCGACACCGAAGUUCAACCCAUCCUGGAGGUGCUGGUGGGGAAGACCGUGGAACAGGCGCUGGUGGAGGUGAUGGAGGAGGACGAGCUGGCGGCCAUCCGCGAGCAACAGCGAAGGUACAAAGAAAUCCGAGCUGCAGAAAAGGCUGAGGAACAAAGACUGGAAGAACAGGAAAGAAGAAGGCGUGAAGAAGCGGCGAAGCGCGUGGAGGAGUUGGAGCUGACGAACCGUAUCCGGUUGGAGACGGAAGAUCGCGUGUCUGCAGCGGUGCUGACCCAGGGGUACCUCACAGACCUGCUGCCUUCUGUGCUCGAGGGGCUCAAGGAGGCAGGGUACUUCAUCGAUGACAUCAGAGAAGACGUGGAAGAAAACUUCAUGUCGUGGUUGAUGGGUGAAGUAAGGCAGGAGAUGCAGCGUAUGGUCGACAACAGGGAUCUGCUCUCGGAAAUAGUGCGGGAGAUCCUGGAAACGAGGGCGGAGGUGUACCGCGCCAUGGCCACGGACAAGCCAGGUCCUGGCAGUGACGAGGAGCCUACUUCCACUCCGCUGCCGGGCGUCUCGUCCGUCGUGCUGCACAAGGAUGAAAACACUGAAGAGACUGAUGAAACAGGUGAAACCAAACCUAAAGAAGAGACUGAAGUUAGGCAAUCUGCAGGAGACGACGAACCGACAGCUGAAAGCUAAAAUGUCCUGCUCCCUGUCUGAUCGUGAAGGUGUACACGUAUGGACAUCUAAUGACUUGGUGCCUGCAGAAGAAACAUUUUCAAUUAUUUAUUUUACUACUAUUAUUACAAUCAAAAUUGUUAAAUUUUGCAGUAGAUUUGUAAGUCAUUACUAUGUCUAGAUGUAGACUUGUAAUAUGGUUGUAUAAAAGCAAUAAAAUUAUGAUGAUAGCACAUUA